CUAGCGCAUGCGCAGUUCGGAUUCGAAAGAGACGCGCGCAGUGAGAGCUCAGUCUCAUCGCCUACUCCUGGGCGCUAUUUUGGAGCGUGGGGUGGCACUCUAAUACCCUCAUUUCUACAAGCUUCAAUCCAAAGUACAGAAACUAUAUGAGCUUUUAUCAAUUGGGCUUUCUUGUAUGUUGUGAAGAAUCCAUCCUGAAAUGUUACACAGAGCACUUGGAUAAAAAGUGAGAGAUUGAUGUGAAAAUACUUCCAAUAUAUUUUGUUACAUGGAACUGUUGAAAACAUGAAUCAUAAACGUGGUAGAAGAAAGAACUUCAGCAACAAUAGAAAGUCACAUGUAAAUUAUGACUCAAGACCACCUAAGGUAGAAUUCAAAAAUCAAAUCCAACUUUCUGAGAAAGAUGCCGGCAUUACAGAGUACAUGAGUACCUUAGAAGGAUUUUCAGCAGUUAUCAAAGCGAGAUACUCCGACUUCCAAGUACAUGAAAUUGAUUUGGAAGGAAAAGAACUGAAGCUAACUGACACCAGCUAUCCUCAGGAUUUUUGUGUAAAGAAAUCUGUUGGCAUGGAUUUGAAAGAUGUUGAUCAAAGUCCUUGUAGCCAUAUAUCACAAGAAAUCUGGGUAGAAUUAAAAGAAUAUGUGGAAAAGGACAAAGUAGAACCAAUUAAAAUAAAUGCUGAUGACAUAACAAAAGAAGCAAGAAAGGAGAUGCAUGAGUGCUUGAAAAAGUAUUUUGGUAAAAAACUGGUUGUUUCAACUGUAAAUGUUGAAGAGGAUGGUGCUUCCAAAAAGUACAUGGAAGUGAAGAAACAUGAGAAAGGUGAUAAGCAAGAUAACAGACAAGAAUGGCCUGCUGGCCUAGGAGAAUAUGUGCAUUUUUUGGUAUACAAAGAGAAAGUUGAUACUCUAGAUGCUUGUUUCAAAAUUGCUGGAUCAUUGAAAAUGCGUCCUUCAAAACUGACAUACGCAGGUGUGAAAGACAAGAGGGCAAUCACAACACAGUGUUUCUGUAUACACAAGGUUAAUCCAUGCAAAAUCUUGAAUAGGACCAAGCAUAUAAGGUUUAUAAAAAUUGGUAACUUUUCAUACAAAGAUGCACAAUUGAAGUUAGGAGACUUACAAGGAAACAACUUCAAGAUUGCAUUGAGAAAUGUUGAAGCAGAUGAUCAGUUAAUUCAGACAGCAUUAAACCAUGUAAAAGAACACGGGUUCAUAAAUUAUUAUGGUUUGCAGAGGUUUGGUAAUGAUAAGGAAGUUCCUACUUACGAGAUUGGUAUUAAAUUCUUGUUGGCUCAGUGGAAAGAAGCAGUUGAUUUGAUACUAAAGCCAAAAACCUCUGAUGAUCCUUUUGCUUACAAUGGGGAUAUUGCUAAGGCAAAGAAAGUGUAUGCUGAAACCAGGGAUGCUAAGAAGGCAUUCAACGAAUUUGGCGCAAGUAAACAUAAAUGUAUAGAGUCAAAAUUGUUAGAAGGUAUGAUGAAAAUUAAUGAAAAUGAUUAUGUGAAUGCUUUAGAGAAAAUUCCUAGAUCUAUGAGACUGUUUUAUAUGCACUCAUUCCAGAGUUUGGUUUGGAAUAAGAUGGUAUCAAAAAGAAUACAGUUGUUUGGGUUAAAACCUGUAGAAGGUGAUUUGAUUCUGGUAGGUGAUAAAGAAAUAUGUAAUGAGACUGAUGGUAUAGAUAUCUGUGAAGAAGAAGAAGAAACAGAAAAAGAAGAUAUAUCAAAUGGAAGCACAUCUAAAAUAGAAGUCAAAGCUCUGACCCAGGAAGAUCUAGAAAAUUACACAUUAUAUGACAUUGUACUACCUACUCCAGGAUAUGAUGUUGUCUAUCCAGAGAAUUUAAAACAAUACUACAAAGAAGCAUUGGAAGAGUAUGGGCUUGUUCUAGAAAUGCCAAAACAAAAAGUUAAGACAUACACGCUAAGUGGAAAUUAUAGAAGAGUUAUACAAAAGCCAGACAUUACAUGGAAGAUAAUGUUUUAUAACAAUCCUACAGAUGAUCUAAUAAGGUCAGAUUUUGAUGAGUUGAGGGGACUUCCUGAACCAAAAAGUGUAGAAAAUGGUAAAUACAAGGCACUUCUGAUUGAGGUCACCUUACCAACUAGUAGCUAUGCUACAAUGUUGUUGAGGGAGAUUUUGAAGACGGAUACAUCAUCUAGUGCACAUGCAAGGCUCAAUGAUUAUCAUGACAAUAAAAAUGAAAAAGUCUCAGUUGAAAAUGGAGGUGAGAGUCAAGAAAAUAUGGAGGAAUCACCAUGCUUUCCAGGCUCAAGUCUGCUGGCAGAUCCGGAGAAGUUUAAGGAGUUUCAAAAUAGUAUAUUUAAUGUUGGAUCAGGAGAAAAGAGAAAACAUAAAGAGGAUGAUGAAUCUUCAAAGAAAAGUAAAUUGACCAAUGAGUUGACUGAGGUAGAAAAUACAUAAUUUGCAAUCAGUGGCCUAGUUACAUUGAGUCAUACCCACCUACUCUUGAUGUUGAAUCAUUAUGUGUCGAGUCGCCCCCGCGCCACCCCUUGAUACGCCACUGUUUGCAAUUUCAGUUUUUUUCUUUUAUAUACAUUGUUUUUUCUAUUAAACUACUUAUGUUGUACAUAAACAUAAACCUUGUAAUUGCUUUUAAGUAUUAAGUCUGUAAUAUAACACUUUUAACACUGUUUUAAAAAAUUUUUGGUUUCUCACUGAGUCACUUAUAGAAAGUCGGACUAUCUCACUCCAAGUUUAUGAAUGCAGCUGGGUCACCAACUGAAAACUACAGAAAAACUUUGUCACAAAAAUUGAGGGUAUGGUUGGACUGGU